AUGGCCUUUCGUCCUUUUACACCAGGACUCAAGAAAGUAUAUUUUCCGAACAUAGUAUUCAAGUUAACUCGGGAUCCGAAACUCCCUCCUAACCAAGUCGCUUUUCGGGUACCACCUCGAUUAAACAAAUUCGAUAUAAGAGAUUACCUUACAAACAUUUAUAAUCUUGAUGUCGUCAACGUGCGAACCAUGAACUAUCAGACUUAUCGUUCAGAAACAUUCGGAUCAGUUGAAACGAGAAAGAAGAAAUCUAAAUAUAAGAAAGCGAUUGUAACGUUAAGCGAGGAAUUCAAACUUCCCGAUCCACCUGACCCGCUGAUAUUCGGAACGGCAAGGGAGCGCGCAGAAAUGCAAGCUGUUCAAUAUAGGAGAUUGGCUGGAUGGAAGAGUAGGCCAAAGAGACUUGUUUCUUUGACAAAAGAGAGAGAGGAAGCUCUGGAAGAAAUAAAUAAAUCAAGUGACAAUAUUACCAAGACGACAGAAGGAACAAAAGGAUGA